ACCGUCCACCUCCAGUCCUCCACCUCUGUCCCUCCCACGUCUACUCUCACCUCCUUUCUCUCCCCUCCGACCCCCACGUUACUGCCUGCCACGUUCUUGGCGCUUCGUUUCUCUUCGUCCCAUCCCAUGCCGUCCAGUUAGUUCCGUUGGCCUGAUAACAUUGUUUCUUGGAGCUUUCAUCCUCUGCCAAAAGCUCGAGCGGCCACGAACGCUUCCGGCGUGGCUCGGAGCUGGCAACCGUCGUGGAUUUGAUCUUCCCGGGGCGCCUCGAGCUCGCCGGCGCCAGGGAAGGUGGUGACGCCAGCGUCCACGGUCAGGAGAUGACGACCGCGCGGCAGUGGUGGCGGCGCGCCACGGCGGCAGUCAAGGACAGGAGGAGCUUGUACCUGAGACGCGUGGCGGCACUGCGACCACGGCCGGCCUCCGGGGUGGCCGCGGCGGUGCUGUGGAGCCCCGAGCUGGAGGCGGCCGUGAUCCGCGCGACUAGCCAUGACGAGCGGUCUGUAGACUACGGGAAUGCGGCGCGGGUCUUCGCCCUGGCGCGCGCGUCGCCGGUGUCGGUGCAGCCGCUCAUGUGGGCGCUGGCACGCCGCGCCGGGCGGACCCGGUGCUGGGCCGUGGCGCUCAAGGCGCUCAUGCUUGCGCACGGCCUACUUCUGCGGCCCGACCUCGCGCCACGCUCGGUGCGCCUCGGCCGCAUUCCCUUCGACCUCGCUGACUUCCGCGACCGCUCGUCGCCGCCGUCCAAAUCGUCGGGCUUCUCCGCCUUCGUGCGCGCCUACUUCCGCUUCCUCGACACCCGCUCCCUCUUCAUCGCCCAGGAUCUAGAUGCCGUCGCCGACACGGGCGAGACCGACGGCGAGGACGCGAGGCUGGAUCACGUGACCAAGCAGCAGCACCUGCUGCACCUGCUCCUGCAAAUCCGACCGUACGGGGACGGCAUGGAGCUGGGCCUCAUCUUCGAGGCGAUGGACUGCGUCGUUAUCGAGAUCUUCGAGGUCUACAGCGAGAUAUGCACGGGCAUUGCCCGGUUCCUCGUCGCCGUUCUCGGCUCGGCCCCGAUGACGCCACGGCCACGGCCGGGAGAGACGUUGGCGGCAGCGAGGCGGCGGAGGGCAGUGCAGGGGAUGCGGGUACUGAAAAAUGCCGCGGAGCAGAGCGCGCAGCUGUCAUCGUACUUUGAGUUGUGCCAGAGCUUGGGCGUGCUCAACGCCGCCGAAUUUCCGGCCGUGGAGCGCGUCGCGGACGAUGACAUCAGGGAUCUCGAGAAGAUCAUCAUGAACCACGUCGUUGAGGAAAGCCGCGAGGACAAACAAAUGAAGGCGUUGGUCGCCGUGGAGGAAACCCCACCGGCCUCGAAGACAGUGGUCACAACGGAGUGGGUGGUGUUCGACGACGACGACAACGCCGCCGCCGGCGCCAGGCCGAGGAAUUUCGAAGGUUACUUGAAUCCGUUCGUCACUGCGCCGUGGGAUGCGACGCCGUAGCGGGUAGGAGAGACUUGUUGGUUUAGCCUUUAGAGUUGGCAAUUGGAAUGCCAUCCAUCCGUCAGAUUAGCCGAUGAUUUCUCAAAAUCUGUCGUCUAUCGAUUUGACCUACUGCUUUUCAUCAGAACCUUGACUGAAUCCUUGUAAAUAUAGAUGUACACGUGAAAUUAUGAAUC